GUGGGGGCUAUGUGUAUCUGAGGAGGAUUAACCUGAAUAGAUACUAUAAAUGAAAACGCACUUCCAGUACAGAUGUAGUUGGGACAAGUGAUGAGUUCUCAGCUUCUCAGGAUCCAUAGCAAUAUUAAACUAGAGGAAAGAAACUUAUUGAUCAAUUUUCCUUAAUUUUGGUUGACAGUUUCCAUCGAUAAUUUAUAUGACAAUCUGACAAAAACAACAGAACAGUAAGAAUAUUUGCAGAACCACGACAAAGAUGACACAGAAGAAGGUCACCCCAGUUGAAAGUGUUGAAGAACACAUGCCUCCAAGCUAUGAAGAGGCAAAUGCAGGAUGUCCUGGUUACUAUGGUGAUGGAUCAUUUUCCUGGGACAAUAAAUACAUUAGACAAAUCUUUAUAAGAAAGGUUUAUUCGAUUCUGAUGCUACAGCUCUUUACAUCAAUGGCAGUCAUUGCUCUCUUCACAUUCUAUGCUCCAGUAAGGAUGUAUAUUCAAACACAUCCCAUUUUAUACUCCAUAUCCAAUCUUCUGUUUCUUGUCACAUAUAUCUCAUUGGCUUGCUGUGGUGAUUUAAGGAGGCAAUUUCCCUGGAAUCUCAUUCUACUUACAAUUUUUACACUGAGCAUGGCUUGCAUGUUGGGCUUUAUUUCCAGUUUUUACAAUACAAAGUCUGUAGUGCUUUGUGUUGGUAUCACUGCUGUGGUGUGUCUGUGUGUCACCAUCUUUAGUUUUCAGAGCAAGAUUGAUGUCACAUCAUUCCAAGGCCUUCUAUUCAUUCUAUGCAUGGUUAUGUUUUUCUGUGCUAUUGUGAUGGGAUUGGUGGUUCCUUUUGGCUAUGUCCCUUGGUUACAUGCCGUCUAUGCCAGCAUUGGAGCUCUUGUUUUCACCAUGUUCCUGGCCUUUGAUACACAGCUGCUGAUGGGAAAUAAGCAAUACAGCAUAAGUCCUGAGGAAUAUAUCUUUGCAACUCUAAGUCUCUAUCUGGAUAUUGUGUACUUGUUUACAUACCUGCUACAGAUUUUUGGCAAUGGAAGAGAAUGAAUGACUCUUGACAGUAACAUUUUCUAUCAUGUACAUCAUUAAGAGCAGUUCUGCAACAUCAGAUUUCAUUUCGAACAACAUGUGGCCUUUUAUAUUACAGAGUAGGAAAAUGAUGUGCAAAAUCAUUUCAGGCAAAAGAAAGUGGCAUUCCAUAUAACAACAUAGCAUAGCAUACUAUAAAGUAAUGUUACUAUGUGUGUAUACAUAUAACACAACCAAACUAACAAAACAAGGAAAAACAUUACUUCAGAAAUGUAUAUUAUUCAAUUAUUAGUAUUAUAUUAUUAUUGAAACUCAUAUUUCUCCAGAAAAUAUGAAAUACCAGACUUUGUAUACUAGAGCACAUGAACAGAUUAUUAGUGCGAAAAUAAUACAAAUAAAAAUAAUAAUAAAUGUUUAUUGCAAACUUGUUAUGUAUUAUUUCAUUUUUUUUUAAAUGAAUAUAAUUAUUUACACAAAAGUUUAAAAAUUUUCUUACAGUUUGCCAUUAUGAGUUCUUAAUGAGAUGUCCCUUUAUUGUCGUAUUACAACUACCACAUAAUUUGUAUAUUUGUAUGUAAUAAACUUGUUUUCAUUAAAGGGCA